AUGGGGUCCGAUAAACCGCAGCCGGCGCUUCAGGUGACGGACCAGUUUGUGCGGAAGAUGCUCGCAGAGGAAGCAGGCGAUAACGAGCGGAAGCGAGGGGGAAAGAAGGGGAAAGGGAGGGGGGGCCGAGGGGAGCAUUCCAGAAAGCAAGCAGAUGGAGGCAGCGUUUCGUCUGCGCUGCUGCAUGCUCCUCCGCCGCUUCCUCCCAGCCUGAAUCCGCUGUUCUUCGGAUCUGCUGUAACUGCCCCUUCUGUGGCUGCUUCCGCGGUAGCCGAUUCGGCUGUUGCUGCUGGUUCUGGUGGUGGUGCUGCCUCUGGAGUGGGGUUUGCAGCAGAGGCAGAGGCUGCGUACAGAGUGCAGCGGAGAAAGGAGGAGCUUGCAGACCUGGAGAAGACUUUGGAGCAAGUGAAGUCUCUACGGGCAGACAUUGCUCGUGAGCGGCAAGAGGAGGUUGCCCGUGCCACCGACAUGGCACAAGCAUUGCAGGCACAGCAGUUCAGACCACCGUCGCGGGAAGUGCCUUGCCAGGCUGAGAGGGAGGAAUGCCUAAGAUGCUACACAAGAAACAUGAAGGACCCGCUCUCUUGCUCAAGUGUGGUGAACAAGUUUGUAGAGUGUUCACGACAAGCUCAACAGGCAUUCUUGGCUUCUGAAGGGCGGCAAUAG